AUGGAGUGCUCCUGGAAGAUGAUGCUGCUGCUGGUGUGCGCUUCACUGGGGGUCCAGUACACGGCCAUUCGCACCCUGAGGGACUCGCUGUCCGGACGCUGCCGGGGCGUCUAUCACUGUCAGAGCCAACAUCACAGAGGAAAGGAGGCCUCGGGAAAUGCCAGGAGGAGAUGGACAACCCAGCCGGGGGGAGGGAGGUCUGGGCAGAAGCAGCCACGAAGGACGGAGGAGUUGAGAUGGUGGAUUUUGAGGAAUGUCGUCGGUUGCUUUGUCAUUCCAGAAUCCAAGUGGAGAAGCUUUUGCAAUGAGAGCUGGCCGUUCACGGAGGAAGCUCCUCGGAAGCACAUCCUGUUGUUUGCCACAACACGAAGUGGUUCCUCCUUCACGGGUCAGCUCCUCAACCACCACCCUGAGAUCUUUUACAUGUUUGAACCUCUCUACCACGUCCAGCAGGCCUUCACCAACUCCAGCGGUGGACCGCGUCGCCGUUUGGAACGGCGGGCCCUGCUGGGGGCGUACAGAGACCUCCUUCUUAACCUGUACAACUGUGACCUUCACUUCGUGGAGAGUUACAUCCGCCCCGAGCCGCAGGACCAUGUCACUAACUCCUUCUUUCGCAGGAGCUCCAGCCACGCCCUUUGUUCUCCUCCGGUGUGCCCGGAAGGAGAGGAUGGAACAGGACUUCGGACUUCUGAUCCUCCUGAAGAAACACGGUGUCCCAAAAAGUGUGGGGCGCUGAACCUCACCUUGGCGUCGGCGUCGUGUCUGUCAAGAGGUCACGUCGCCAUAAAGACUGUUCGGAUCCCCGAGGUGGGGGACCUACGUACGUUAGCCGAAGAUCCACGCCUGGACCUGAAGAUCAUCCACCUGGUGAGGGACCCCAGAGCCAUUCUGGCCUCGCGCAUGAUGACGUUUUCCGAUCAGUUUCGCGCCUGGAAAAUCUGGAACGCGACAGGACGACAGCCCCGAUCCGUGGAUCUAUCCCAGAUCACCAGCACCUGCAAGGACAUGGUGGCGUCUGCAGAAACAGGCCUGCAGAACCCGGCUUGGCUGCAGGGACGCUACCUUCUGGUGAGAUAUGAGGACCUGGCGUUCAACCCGCAGCACAAGGCCUCAGAGAUUUACCGCUUUGUUGGACUGGAGCUGGAGGACAGGGUGCGGAUGUGGAUGACCAGGAACACACGUGGAGGUUCUUCUGCUCCAUCAGAACUGAACUACAGAUACUCCACCACCAGGGACUCCAGGGUGGCGGCUGAGAGCUGGAGACUUCAUCUGGACUUUGACAUCGUCAGGACCGUGCAGAACCAGUGUAACCGAACUUUGGACCUGUUGGGGUACAGACCCGUUCACUCCGCAGCCCAGCUGAGAAACUUGUCCCACAGUCUGCUGGAAACCAGGACUUUCCAACCCGGCCUUUGGCCCACGUAGUGUCGGGGUUCGGGUUUUAGAGGGGCGCUGAUUGUCAGGGUAAAACCGUCUAAGGUCUUUUAUUGGUCUGGAUUGUCAAGAUCCACAUUUGGGGCGUUUUUGCUGUCAACUUGUUGGUUUCUUCUCCAUGUCCAUGUUGGUGUCCAGGAUAGAAAUCAUAUUUGUAUUGCAGUAUAAGUACUUGUGUAUUUGUACUUUGUUUUUCGGCAGGUGAUUCAGUGCUUUACUUCUUCAAUAA